ACUCCCCGACUGCGCAUGCGUGGCUUCGUUAGACGUACGUACGUGUGUACGUACGUACGUACGCAGAGCUAGAGAGGGGGAGGCGGAGCCACAGGAAAACAAGAAGACGGUAACGCCACGCGCAUUAUGGCUGUCUCUCCCUUGGUAAAGUUCUCGAGAUAUUCUCUUCUGACUGUCGGCAUUUUCUACGGAAUUAGACGAAACAACUACCUUAAGAAGGAAGAGGCAGCCCGGAAACUCAGGAACACCCAACCAGCAUAGGGCCAAAGCUUAGUAUUUGGACUGGCACCAUCAGAGUAAGGUUGGCCCAGGCAGUUCACUGUAUAUAGCACCAGUUAUGCCAUUCUCAAGAUAGAUUAUUGUAAUCAUUUCCAGCUGCGCAGCGCCGAACGUCAUACUAUGGAGGGUGCGCAUUAAUUAAAGCUGGGCAAAAACGUGGUGAUGAGCACUAGCUUGAAAGAUGUAUUGGAUUCUACUGCUGACGAAGAAGAAAACAUCAGCCUCGAUCCGGAACCUGCAGGAGCUGGAGACAGGCAAUGGUUUCUGAGAGGGGAGCCGGUUGGGCUAGACUCAGCUGCUGCUUGUGAUGCAGGCACUUCCCAGAGGAUACAGCACUCACUCUUUCAGUUAGACCAAGUUCUUUCUUCACCUGGCGAGCAUGUGGACGAGCCAGCAGCCAACACUCCACGUCUUGGACUCUCUUAUAACACAGGCGAGGCAAGCCUGAUGGACAGUUCGUCAUUGCUGAAGAACCUGCAUCUUCCCCCAACUCCAGCUCACAACACUACCCUAAUGUUCCCCCGGCAGGUCAGGCCAUACAGUGACACUCUGCUUGAAGACACGGUGCUUGGAGAAGACGCAACUGUGUUGCAGGACCCCACCCGUAGAGUCGGUGCAGACCUAGUGAUGGCCUUUCAUCGUGAGCUGUCCAUCCACAACACACCUUACAAAGUUCUGGACCUGCUCUCAGCACUCGAGAAGUGUUGUGAGGUUCAGCAUAAACUUCUAACUACCUUUGAAAAACAGACAAGGUUUUCAGUUGAUCAGUUGCAGUCAGAGCUGUGUCUGGAGAUGGCUACGUGGCAGCUGCUACACAUCCUAGAAGAGGAUCGCAGUGAGGAAGAGGGGAGAGAGAGCCUAGAGGUACUACUUACGGUAGGUGACGGGGACGGUGACAAGACACUUACAGACAGACUGUUUGCCCGGGACAGCUGUGUUCGCCAGGCCCAGCUGGUAGUAGACUGGCUGGAGGGGCUGGCUCGAGUAGGCCUGGAGACCUACCCAGCAAAGGCUGCCUACUUUGCUGACAAUGUCUGCUGGGAGAAUACUCUUCAUGAUAUAACCCACGGAGUUGACUGUGAUGUCCUGGUCACCGAGAUGGACCCCGACGCCUGCACAAGGCAACGACGUAAGCUCUCAGGUCUGGAUGAGAGGGAUGAACUCUCUCUUAACAAGCAUGUCUUCACAUGUAUCAGAGCAGGCCAGUUGGAAAAGGCACUAAGUAUCUGUGUCAGUAGUGGCCAGCCACUGAAGGCUCUGAUGCUGGAAGGAUGGAAGCUACACCACGACCCUAACCUUGGCGUGUCUGCUACUGAUGAUGCCCCGGAGCAGGUUGAAGGCAAUGAGUUCAGAGAUGUGUGGAAGUCCUCUUGCUGGCAGAUGGUGGACGAGCAAGCUUACGAUGUGUAUGAGAAGGCAGCAUUUGCUGCGCUGAGUGGGAAUGUGUACAAGGUCCUGCCAGCCUGUCAGACCUGGUACGACUAUGUGUGGGCAUUUUUCAAGACCCUAGUUGAUGUUCAGGUGGAGAAGGUUCUGCGGAGUCAGGGGACCACCACUGAGAGGGAACUGGCAGAGCUUCCACCAAAGUACUGGACUUCAGUAGUUCUACCUGAGCAAGUAUUCCAGGAAAUUGAAACAUGUUCAUCUGUUGUAAUACGGCAGCAGUCUCAGUCACACUUCCAUGUGAUCCAAAAGCACAUCAUUCUGGAUGAUAUGAAUGGUCUGCUGAAGAAGAUGGUCAGUUGGUUGUCCUCCAAGCCGGCCCUUCACCUACUAAGAGUCAUGGCUCAUGUUGGUCUGGUUGCACGAAGCCUGGGGAGUCUGAGAGAGAGCAGCCAAGUGGAUGUAAUUGUGGAGGCGUAUGUCAAGGCACUGACAGAGGGCCAGUACCAGUCAGCAGUGGCUCUAUAUGCAGCUCAUCUUCCUGCAACCUCUCAGAUCUCUUCCUACGCUCACCUGCUGGCUGGUGUGAAGGAGGAGGAAGAACAGAGGCAAUGUCUUGAGCUGGGGAGGGAGGCUGGUCUAGAUAUCGGGAUGGUGACCAAGACAGUAGUCGAGACAAUCAGGACCACAGGACAGCUGGAGGACACAGACCAGCAGUCGACUGAGCUGGACCAGGAGGUCCAGUUGACUGAGCUUGACUUGGAGAAAAUCAGAGCUAUCAACUGGCUGGUGUUUGAGAGUGCACAGAGGCAUGAGGCUAUAAAACAAGGAAAUGCACUGAUUCGACUGUUCCUCACCACCCGGAAGUUCUCAGCUGCCCAGGCAGUGCUGGAGAAGAUCCCAGCAGACUCUGUUCAAGUCAUCACCAGACUCUGGCAGCAACAGGCCGGGCCAUCUCCUCUUCCUGCUCACAUUACUGCAGAUCUGACAGAACUAGAAGCUCUGCGGACGUACCUGAAUAGCAUAGAGAAGUUCAACUGUUGGUUCCAACAUUUCCAUCACAACAAACCAGUGCAGCCUCCUGAACCAGCAGACAAAGCCUUCCAUGAAGAUGCAACCUUUCAACACAGACUUGUUCAGUACAGGCAAGAGAAUGAGCAGUGGAAGAGCCUUGCCAAAUCACUUGCCGAGGAGGCCUCAGGUGCUUUGCAAGAUGUGCUGGUGUUUUCUGGAGGCUGGAUGAGUGGUGGAAGAGAGGUGGAGGAGGAAGAAGAUGAGGAGGGAGACGGUGAUGACUCAGCCCUGCUACAGCUGCAGGCACUCAGACAGAGCUGCAUCCCCAAAGUCUGCUUUCUGCUUCACACCGUGCUGCAUGCCUCCCACCAGUACAAGAAGGUGACUGAGUUAGUUGAAAGAGAAAAAGAAGACUUAGGCGACCGUGGUCGCAGCAAGAAGUGGAAAGAAAUGUUGAGGCUGCCUCCCGUUGCUCAGUGCCUGUGGCUGAGAGAUGAACUUGACCAUACCUAUGAGUAUCUGGUUGAGCAGCAGCCAAUAGGACAGGAGCUGUUCCACCAGUUUUGUGCCAGGGAGCCUCUCAACCAGUGUACCAAGUUCCUGGAGGAAGUGGCGGGUCUCAAGCUUCUGGUGGAUGAGAAGUUUGCAGCUGCAGCUCGGAGUGUGUUUGCCACAUACCUGGCAGAGGGAGUUCGACUGGAAGUGGUCGGGGAGGAGUUGGCUGUCGGUGUGGAAACCAAGCUCUCAGUGAGACCGGUACCUCGUGACCUCUUCGCUACAUGUGUGCAGGAAGCUCGCCAGUUUUUGAGCGGGCAGCCGUUCGUGGACUAUGUGAACAGUCCCUUCUACUGGCGCUACCUCCAGUGGAAAUAUCUGGAAAAAAUGCCUAUCACCAAGAACAACUUUCGCGUGUAUCGAGUUCUGGGGAAAGGCGGGUUUGGACUGGUGUAUGCCUGCCAGAGCAAGACCACAGGGAAGAUGUAUGCACUCAAGAAAUUGGAGAAGAAGAGGGUGAAACGAAGACAUGGGGAAAAGCUGGCUCUGAAUGAGAAGCAGGUUCUGGAGAGAGUGUCGAGUAGGUUUGUGGUGAGUCUGGUGUAUGCCUACCAGUCCAAAGAUGCUCUCUGUAUGAUUCUGACACUGAUGGGAGGAGGAGAUCUCCGCUUCCACAUACACAAUGUGGGAGAGCCAGGGCUCAGUGAACCUCGCACUGUCUUCUACGCAGCAGAAAUUGCAUGUGGACUGGCUCAUCUCCACCAGGCCAGGAUAGCAUACAGAGACAUGAAACCAGACAACAUUCUACUGGACGACAGAGGCCAUGUUCGAAUCAGUGAUCUAGGGCUAGCAGUUCACAUACCAGAGGGCCAGUCAGUGAGAGGUCGCGUGGGGACUGUAGGCUACAUGGCUCCUGAGGUAAUUGGCAAUCAUCGCUACACCUUCCAGCCGGACUGGUGGGGGUUGGGGUGUGUGGUGUAUGAGAUGGUGCAUGGAGAGUGUCCCUUCAGACAGCGGAAGGAGAGAGUCACACGAGACGACGUGGAGCAGCGCAUCAAGGAAGAGAGGGAACACUACACUGCGAAAUUCACUGACGACGCAAAACUCUUCUGUUCACAGCUACUGGACAAGGACAGCUCCGCGAGACUGGGCUGUGGGCCUGGAGGUUUCUCCACUGUACAGGCACACCCUUUCUUCCAGUACAUUAACUGGAGCCACCUACUGGCUGGUCAAGUCGACCCUCCCUUCAUGCCUAAUGAGAAGGCAGUGUAUGCUAGAGACGUAUUGGACAUUGAUCCUUUCUCAUCAGUGAAGGGAGUGGAGAUGGAUGGUUCUGAUAACGAGUUUGCUGCCAAGUUUUCCACGGGGGCUGUGUCUCAGCCGUGGCAGGAGGAGAUGUUGGAGAUGAAGGCGUUUGAAGAGAUCAACACUCUUCACCCCAUUGAGAGAAUGACGAUGAGCACCAACUAUGGAGCUCACUCAGGGGCCCAGCAUUCACAGAGUGGGCAGGGGUGGCUGCGCAAAGUUUUCAAGUGGAAAAGAUCAACCAGUGCUCCAGCUCCAUAACAUUUUUGUUUCCAUUAUUAGUACAUGUGAUGUCUGUGGCCGUUAGUCAUGUAUUCUUUAUUUAAUGCUCACCGCAGAUUUUAGAUCUUAAUUUUUAUACACAAAUGGCUUCUUAUUAUGAUAGAGCAAUUUUUCAGAUGUAAGUUUAAAAUUAUUAUGCACUGUCAUAAUUAUAUUAUUGUAAGUGUAUUACUGACUGCACAAUCAUGAUUGACUAGUGGGGCUGUUUUCCUCAGCCUCUCUCUCUAUGAGAUGUUUGAUGAGAGCAAUGUGCUGUGGUUGAAUGUCCGUGUCUUCCUGUGCCAGACUCUCUACUACCUCUGCAAUCUCUCUGAUGUUGAUAUUUCCAUCAUGGUCUGGGUCCAGCACUGACACUAAACUUCGUACUUUAGCCUCUCCACUGGUCUCCUUGAGUCUUGUCAGUGCCUGUUCCAGUUCUUCACAUGGAAUGACCUGCUCCGAGUUGGGCUGGGCACUGGACAAGUCCUGCCCUUCUCCUGACACUAUAUCCUUCUCCAGCUGCCACAAGGUGCUGUCCACCUGUGAUAUCAGGUCCUCCACUCUCUUCCCCAGCCUCACCGAUGCCUUGGACUCCAUCAGAGCUUCUUGAGCUUCUUGGCUUUCCUCUGCCAGCUCAGCCACAUCCUCCCUGUAUUCCUCCCUCUCCUCUUUCAGUUCCUGUAUCUCCUCCUCCAACUGCCGCUCUCCCUUCAGACUGGCCACUGCCUCGUUCAGGUCGCGCAGCUCCGCCGCCGAUAUACUGUCCAGAACCUCCUCAGGGGGAGUGGGUGUGGCCACUGUGGUAUGGACUACAGGAGCCGAGUCCUGUGUUGGUUCACCCAGAGGUCAGCUAAGACGGGGGGCAGUUCACAUCUCUCACCUCCAUGCUCUCCGUGGGAGCU